GGCGAGGGAGGGCGCACGGCAAGGGGGGGGGAGGGGAAGACGCGCGGGGGCAACAAAGCCCGCAAGGAGGGAAGAGGAGGGCGGGAGGAAGGAGAGGGGGGAAGGGGGCAGGGGAGGAAGAAAAGACGGGGGAAAGAAAGAGAGAGCAGGAGGGGGAGGAGAACGGGGAGAGGGAAGGAAAAAAGAGGGCACAAAAAAGAGAAGAGACAAGGGAGGGAAGAGAAGCAAGGGAGGAAGGGGAAGGGAAAGAAGGGGACAGGGGAGAAAGAGAAAGACAAGAGAACGAAGAAAAGGAGGGCGCGGAAGGAAGGGAGGGAGAAGGAAGAAGGGGGGGAAGAAAGACAGGGGAGGGACAAGGGAGCGAAGAGAAGCAAGGGAGGAAGGGGAAGGGAAAGAAGGGGAGAGGGGAGAAAAAGAAAGACAAGAGAACGAAGGAAAGGAGGGCGCGGAGGGAAGGGAGGGAGAAGGAAGAAGGGGGGGAAGAAAGACAGGGGAGACACAGAAGGCGAAAGGAAAGAAAGGCAGAGGGAGGAGGGGGGGGGAGCGACGAAAGGAGGAGGGAAGGGAAGAAGAGGAAAAGAGAGGACGAAGGAGGCCAACGGGGAGGGGGAGGAGGGGCGAACCGAAGACCGGGCGGAGGGAAAGCAAGGAGGAAGGGAACGGGGAACGAACAGAAAGGAACGGAAAAGAGAAGAGGGAACGGAAAAGGGAACGGAGAAGCAGAGGCAGGAAGGAGAAAGGAGGAAAGCGGAAGGAAAAAAGGAAAAGCGGAGCAAGCGGAGCCAGGCAGAGAGAAGGGAAGGGGGAAGGGGCGGAGGGAAAGAGGGAAGGCGGCGCCCAAAGGGGGAGGCCCCGACCCCAAGGGCCCCCCACACGCGGACCCCGACAGAGCAGGGGAGGAAGGGGGAAAGCACGGGGACGCAAGGGGGCAGCAGACAGGACCAAAGGCCGGGGCGAACAAGGAAGCGGCCCACGGGGGACAGAAGGCCCGCACGGCCGCGCGCCGAGGGGCAAACCGGGGGCGCGGCGCCCAAAGACGGCCCACGAAACCAGGGAGCGAAGCCCGGGCGGGGGAAAGAGGGAAGGCGAAGGGGACAAAGGCAAGAGAAGAGAGGCAAGAGGGAGGAGAAGGGGCAAGAAAAGAAGGGGAGAGGGAGGGGGGAAACCAAAGACGGGACAGAAGGGAGAACAAAGAAAAAGGAGGGCAGAAAAGAGGAAAGAGAGACGAAGAGGGGGGAGGAGAGGGCGACAGGAGGAGGGGGGGGAAGGGCGAGGAAGACGGGAAGAGGAGAAGGAGAGGAAGGGGGGAAGGAGAAGGCGAGAGGAGACGGGAAGAGGAGAAGGAGACGAACGGGGAAGGAACGGGAGGGAACGGAAAAAGGGAAAGGGAGAAGCAGAGAAGGAAGGAGAAAGGAGAAAAACGGGAAAAAAAAAGGAAAACCGGAACAAGGGGAACCAGGCAGGGGAGGGAAGAAGGGGGCGGGCAGGGGGCGACCCAAGGGGAAGAAGGAAAGAAAGGCGGGGGGCAAAGCCGCGAAGAGAAGCCGCGAACGGCGGAGGGCAAACAAGGACAGGGCAAGGGAGGGCGCACGGCAAGGGGGGGGGGAGGGGAAGACGCGCGGGGGCACAAAAGCGCGCAAGGAGGGAAGAGGGGGGCGGAGGAAGGAGAGAGGGGGAAGGGGGGCAGGGGAGGAAGAAAAGACGGGGGAAAGAAAGAGAGAGCAGGAGGGGGGAGGAGAACGGGGAGAGGGAAGGAGAAAAAGAGGGCACAAAAAAGAGAAGAGACAAGGGAGGGAAGAGAAGCAAGGGAGGAAGGGGAAGGGAAAAAGGGGACAGGGGAGAAAAGAAAGACAAGAGAACGAAGGAAAAGAGGGCGCGGAAGGAAGGGAGGAGAAGGAAGAAGGGGGGGCACGGAAGGAAGACAGGGGAAGGACAAGGAGCGAAGAGAAGCAAGGAAGAAAGGGGAAGAGAAAGAAGGGGAGAGGGGAGAAAAAGAAAGACAAGAGAACGAAGACAAGGAGGGCGCGGAGGGAAGGAGGGAGAAGGAAGAAGGGGGGGGGGAAGAAAGGCAGGGGGACACAGAAGGCGAAAGGAAAGAAAGGCAGAGCGAGAAGGGGGGGGGAGCGACGAAAGGAGGAGGAGAGAAGGGAAGAAGAGGAAAAGAGAGGACGAAGGAGGCCAACGGGGAGGGGGAGGAGGGGCGAAACCGAAGACCGGGGGGGGGGGGAGGGAAAAGCAAGGAGGAAGGGAACGGGGAACGAACGGCAAGGCGGAAAAGGGGAACGGAAGGAGGAACGGGGGGGGGGAGGGGAGGAAAGGGGAGGGGGAAAGGGAAAGCGGAGCAAGCGGGAAGCAAGCGGAGCCAGGCAGGGGAGGAAAAUCAGUGGUAG